CUCGCAACAAUGACCGAAAUCGAUACAGAUCUGCUGGAAUUCAAACUGCCCAAACAUCAUAAACCAGGAUCAGACAGGCUGAGCCGGCUUCUAGCUUUGCAGCCAGAGUUCAUCGAUUUGGUGACUGCGGCUCUGGUGGAUUCAACUGCUGGAACCUACAAUGCUGCUCCAACUAAUUUCCUGGACAAGGAAUGCGAUGCCAUAUACGUGACCAGAUUGACGAAUUCACCACCAAUCAUUCUGGAGUUCCAGGCGAGAGUCGACAUGAAUUUUAUUCAUCGCGCCUUUUCCUAUUGCAUGGAAGUGUAUAAAAAAUACAAUGUCCUUCCCAUUGUGUUGGUAAUUAAUACAGUUGAAGCGGACCGGUUUCUCCUUGUCAACAAGUUUAAAUCGACCGAAACAUGGCCCUAUAUGCUGGAAAUGGAAUGCUCGGUUGUGGCCAAGCGUUUUUAUUUGUUGACCAGAAACAGUAUCAAGGAUCUGGUUGAUUCAGAUGAGCCACUGACUCCCCUUGUUGCUGCUGCUCACUUUUUUAUCUCUCGUUCGCCAAGCAUAAUUGGGAAUUCUCGGUGGGACGACGAAAAUAUCAGGCUAAUGUACCGAUUAUGCAUGAAAUUUGCCGGCCAAGAUGGCGUACAGGAAGUGAGUCGCUUGGACACAUUGAAGAGGGUAUGUAUUGACACCCACGACCAAUUUGAAAAAAUUGUCAAGUGGGCUCGUUUGGACCCUGCCAAAGCUGCAUGGUAUGCAUUGGCUGGCAUGGAAUAUACUGCCAAAACGGCACGGCAGAUCGACGACCUGCUUAGUAGCGGAGCGAUUACUCCCAUGGGGGACCCAGACACCGAGGAUCUAGUGUCAGACACGCUGGCCAGAAAAUCGCAAAAAGAAACUGAAAAGGCGGCAAUCUUGGAUUUCGUUGAAAAACUCAAGACUAAGCAUAGGGGAAGGAUGAAUUGGGCUGCUUGUUUCGGUGCUGCGGCUGAUGAAUCAUCUAUGGCGGAGGUUAUUGCUCGGUACUCAAAUCCGGAUAGCUUCAAACGUGCAUACUAUCGAUUGAAAUAGCCAUGUCUUU